CAACGCAAUUUUUAAGCAGAUCUGAAUAUCCAACACUUGGGUUUAUGACACCAAUGUUGGAAGAACUCACUCGCCGGCUUAGGCAAUUUACUGGACAAAGUUAUAAAGCAAUUCUUGUGAAAGACAUGAUCUUGAAUAACUUAGUUGAACAAAGCACUAAUGUAUCUGAUGAAUUUGACCGGUAUUGUGAAAUACCUAAAAUUUCUCUUGAAGAAGAAUCCUAUCCUUUGAUUUGGUGGCACCAAAAUAAAACACUCUUUCCUAUUUUGGCAACUUGGCAAGAUGAUAUCUUGCAGUGUCAGCUUCCUUCGUCCCAUCAGAGC